UUUUUAGAGAGAGAGAGAGAGAGAGAGAAACAGAGAGCUUUUUAGAGAGAGAGAGUAGAAGAAGAAGAAGAAGAUGUCGAAGGAAGUGAGCGAAGAAGGACAUGCCAACCAUGGCAAAGACUACGUCGACCCACCACCAGCACCACUCAUUGACAUGGCGGAGCUCCAGCUCUAGUCCUUCUACAGAGCCAUCAUCGCCGAGUUCAUCGCCACCCUCCUCUUCCUCUACAUCACCAUCGCCACCGUCAUCGGCCACAAAAAACAAACCGGCCCCUGCGACGGCGUCGGCAUCCUCGGCAUCGCCUGGUCCUUCGGCGGCAUGAUCUUCGUCCUCGUCUACUGCACUGCCGGCAUCUCCGGUGGUCACAUAAACCCGGCGGUGACAUUUGGGUUGUUCUUGGCAAGGAAGGUGUCGCUGAUCAGAGCAUUGGCUUACAUGAUAGCGCAGUGUUUGGGUGCAAUCUGUGGAGUUGGGUUAGUUAAGGCCUUCAUGAAAUCUUCCUACAACUCGCUCGGUGGUGGUGCGAACUCAGUUGCUCAUGGGUACAACAAAGGCACUGCUCUUGGUGCUGAGAUCAUCAGUACUUUCGUCCUCGUUUACACUGUUUUCGCAGCCACUGAUCCCAAGAGAAGUGCUCGUGACUCUAAUGUCCCUGUUUUGGCUCCUUUGCCUAUCGGGUUUGCGGUGUUUAUGGUUCAUUUGGCGACCAUUCCAAUUACGGGUACUGGUAUCAACCCCGCUAGGAGCUUUGGAGCUGCUGUGAUUUACAACAACAAACAUAUUUGGGAUGAACAUUGGAUCUUCUGGGUUGGUCCAUUUGUGGGAGGUAUAAUAGAGGGCAUAGGCAAUUCGGUGGGUGGUGUGUGUGUUGCCCUUGUCCCUCUGCUGCUGCAGUGUGUUUUUUUUUUUUUCAUCAGAGAAGGAGAGAAGUCAAUAAUGGAGGAACCAAUCACCUUCCCAGACAUGUACAAAAGGAAGAUGAGCAAAGACCUUGAACUUGCUAGGCUCAAGAAGCUUGCCAAAGAGCAGCAGCACUUGGAGAAAACCAAAUUGAGAAAACCAAAUCGGUGGCUGUCGUGUGGGCCGACGGAGUGA